AUGAAACUCACAAGCUUGCUCCUCUCCAUUCUUCCUUUGACCUCAGCGGCAAAGAGUAUUCCCCAUCCUCGAGCGGACUACACUCCCGUACCUGUCACAUCCACAGAAUGCUGUCCUUUCACCUACAAGCAAACAUGCACCAAGAACCUCGAGAAAAUGUAUCAUAUCCAGCUAUUCUACAAUCGCAAGGAAGGCGUAACGUCCGAGGAGUUCAACAGUUACUGGGCCAACAACCACGUCAAGACCGCUGGAGACUUCCAUUUGCGGAUGGGUGUGUAUAAGUACUCCCAGUAUCACUCCACCCCCGAAUACCGCGAUUUGGUUCGUGUUCCAGGUGCCGCUCAAGUCCUCGAAUUCGACGGCGCUGCGGAGUUUUGGGUACAGAACAUGGAGACGUUUCAGACUAUGGGUAUGGAUCCGCAUUAUGUGAAUGUUAUUCGGCCUGAUGAGGCCAACUUCAUUGAUGCCAAGUCAAUGAGAUUGAUCGUGGGUGUUGAUUAUAUCGUUAUUGAGAACCAGAAUGCCGUUACGGAACACGGCCGGACAUUCAGUUGA